UUUGGCACUUUAAACAAAUGUCACAAUUUCUAACCUUUCCUGAAUCUAUCAUGUCGUUUUGAUCUAAUUAUUUUAUAAAUAAUAGAUUUUCAAAGAUAGAGGUAUGUUGCGUCUAACAAUCUCCAGAGUCCUCAAUGAGGCUAAAUCAAGCCCUAAACAUUUAUUUGUUGCUACAAGAAGUCAAAGUGGGGAAGUAAAAAAACCUGAGAAAAUUGAAGUAUUUAUUGAUGACAAAUCAGUAUUGGUAGAACCUGGAACAACUGUAUUACAAGCUGCUGCAAUGAUAGGAAUCGAGAUCCCUAGAUUUUGUUACCAUGAACGUUUAGCUGUUGCAGGAAACUGCAGAAUGUGUCUUGUUGAAGUUGAAAAGUCUCCAAAACCAGUUGCGGCUUGCGCUAUGCCUGUUAUGAAAGGAUGGAGAAUCAAAACUGAUUCUGAAAUGACCAGAAGAGCAAGAGAAGGUAUAAUGGAAUUCUUAUUAGUUAACCACCCCCUAGAUUGUCCCAUUUGUGAUCAAGGUGGUGAAUGUGAUUUACAAGAUCAAAGUAUGGCCUUUGGUUCUGACCGCUCUAGGUUUACUGAUAUUGAUUUCUCUGGAAAAAGGGCUGUAGAAGACAAAGAUAUCGGUCCUCUAGUAAAAACUAUUAUGACCAGGUGUAUUCAUUGUACUAGAUGCAUAAGAUUUGCUUCUGAAAUUGCUGGUAUAAAUGAUUUAGGUACAACUGGUAGAGGCAAUGACAUGCAAGUAGGCACAUACAUUGAAAAACUGUUCAUGUCUGAACUCUCAGGAAAUAUUAUUGACUUGUGCCCAGUUGGGGCUCUCACCAGCAAGCCUUACAGUUUUACAGCUAGGCCCUGGGAGAUUCGAAAAGUCGAUUCUAUAGAUGUUUUGGAUGCUGUAGGAUCCAAUAUUGUUGUAUCAACUAGGACCGGAGAAGUUAUGAGGAUUGUACCAAGAGUGAAUGAAGAAAUAAAUGAAGAAUGGUUAGCAGAUAAAUCAAGAUUUUCUUAUGAUGGUUUGAAGAGACAAAGGUUAGUGACACCAAUGCUCAGAGAUAAAGAUGGAGAAUUGAAAGCAGUUGAUUGGGAAGCUGCUUUAGUAACUGUUGCUAAGGUUAUUAAACAUGCAGGUGACAAAAUUGGAGUCAUAGCUGGUGGCUUUGCUGAUGCAGAAGCCUUGAUAGCUCUGAAAGAUCUCUUGAACAGACUCGGAUCAGAGGCCCUGUGCACCGAGCACACUUUCCCUCUAGAUGGGUCAGGUACUGAUCUCAGAUCGAGUUACUUGCUUAACAACAAAAUCGCUGGAGCUGAAGAAGCUGAUUUAGUAUUGCUGGUCGGUACCAAUCCGAGAUUUGAAGCGCCAUUGUUAAAUGCUAGACUCAGAAAAGGUUGGGUUCAUAAUGAGUCAAAUGUAGCUUCAAUUGGCCCUAAAAUCGACCUAACUUACGAACACGAACAUUUAGGCGACAAUCCGAGUGUACUACAACAAAUUGCUUGUGGCCAACACCAAUUUAGCAAAAAACUCAAAGCCGCCAAAAAACCGUUGAUUAUCGUCGGUGCCGAAACAUUGGAACGAAAAGAUGGCGGUGCUAUAUUGUCGGCUGUCCAAAGCCUUGCUGCUUGUACACAGCCGGAAGAUUCGCAUUGGAAAGUGCUGAAUGUGUUGCAUAAAGUUGCCAGUCAGGUCGCUGCUCUAGAUAUUGGUUAUAAUCCAGGUAUAGACAAAAUCCGAGAGGGUAAUUUGAAAGUACUUUUCCUCCUAGGAGCAGACGAAGGAGCAAUUCACAAAGAAGACUUGCCUAAGGAUUGUUUUAUCAUUUAUCAAGGCCACCACGGCGAUCAAGGAGCUAACAUAGCCGACGCCAUUUUACCUGGAGCCGCUUAUACCGAAAAGCAAGCUACGUACGUCAACACGGAGGGAAGAGCACAGCAAACCUUAGUCGCAGUAUCGCCGCCAGGUAGAGCCAGGGAAGAUUGGAAAAUCAUAAGAGCGCUCUCGGAAAUCGUGGGAGCCAAAUUGCCGUACGAUAAUUUGAAUCAAAUUAGGGAUAGAUUGGAUGAGAUUGCACCACAUUUGACCAAAUAUGGAGCUGUAGAAGGUGCUAAUUAUUUCAAACAGGCUGAACAAUUGUCGAAAAAUACUAAAACGGCGUUAGAAAGUCAACCAAUAGACGUGAAAAUCAAGGAGUUGCAAGAUUAUUAUAUGACUGACUCUAUUAGUAGAGCCUCGACGACAAUGUCCAAGUGUGUGCAGGCAGUUUUAAAACAAAAGCAAUCCAAAUAUUCUAAUUAGUGUGAUAGUUAUAGUGAAAUUAAGAACUUUGCUUUAGUACAAUUCGAAAAUUCAAAAUAGAAAAUGGAUGUUUCAUUUGAAAUUCUUCAGAAUAAAACUGAAAUAUGCUACUUUUCACUAGAUGUCAUUAAAAAUGUAAGACUACAUUACUCAUUAGUUCUUUUUUUCUGUAGAUUAUGUAUUAAUAACCAUGUAAAUAGUUUUGUCUCAUUAUAGAAGCUGUUUUAUUUUGAACAUUUUCAUUUGAAAAUAUCUUACUGCGCCCUUUUUUCAUUUUUCCACUUUAUAUUUUACCACUGUUCAAAUCUGGUUAUUUUAAUGUUUAUUUAAUUCAUAUGUAAAUAUAAUGUUUAUUUGAAGUGUUUUAUUAAACCUGC